CCAAACAAAGCCUGAAAAUUCAACUGUAACUUCCGGCGGCAGUCAUUACCGCCGCCGGCCCAUUUCGUUUAUUCUCAUGUCGGUUUAUUCCUAAAAAACAUCACCGCGUUUAAACCCAUACGCGUUAUUCUCUCUUUAAGAAAUCUGGGUUUUAUGAAAUCUGCUUUAAAGAUUACGACUUUCCCAAGUAAUCUGAAAUAGAAUAAGAGUACAUAAUAUAAUGGAUACGCCAAAGAAAAGAGUUAGUCGGUCAUCAGGAAGGUCGUCUGUUAUCGAUUCGAUUAAGGGAUGUACAAUCGCUGGGAUAAAGAUUCAGAAGGAGGAACUACGCAUGAGAAUCGCGAUGCCCCAAUAUCUCCGUCUCGCGUUUCGUGAAUCCAUUGAGUCAAAAGACGUCGCAGGAGUCAGCGAACGUUACUUGUCCUCUGUUUUGAAGAGCGAAGAUGAGUCUCCUCAGUCAUGUGAAUCCCCAUUGGUGGUCUUCAUCAAUUCCAACAGCGGCGGCCGACAUGGGCCGAAGUUGAAGCAUCGUCUUCAGGAAUUAAUGGGCGAAGAACAGGUUUUGGAUCUUCAAUCCGUGAAGCCUCAUGAGUUUGUUGAAUACGGAUUGGGUUGUCUAGAAAAGAUGGCCGAUCUUGGUGAUUCAUGUGCAAAAGAGACUCGGGAGAAACUCAGGAUUGUGGUAGCAGGAGGUGAUGGCACGGUCGGUUGGGUCCUGAGUUGUCUUGGUGUUCUUAUCAAGCAAAAACGCGAACCCGUUCCUCCAACCGCGAUUAUGCCUCUUGGCACUGGAAAUGACCUGUCUAGAAGCUUUGGUUGGGGCGGUUCAUUUCCUUACAACUGGAAUUCAGCUGUGAAAAGUACUCUCGACAAAGUCUGCACGAGUUCUGUUUGUCGUUUGGAUAGCUGGCAUGUAUCGAUUUCAAUGCCGGGUGGGGAACUUGUGGAUCCGCCUCAUUCUCUCAAGCCAUCAUCUUCCUCUUAUUCAGAUCAUCAGCAACAGCAGGAGCAGCAGGGAGAGGAAGUGUGUGGUCGGUCCUACGAAGGGACAUUUUACAACUAUUUCAGCGUAGGAAUGGACGCUCAAGUUGCUUACGGUUUCCACCAUUUACGCAACGAAAAACCUUAUUUGGCUCAAGGUCCCAUUUCCAACAAGAUGAUUUAUUCCAGCUACAGCUGUACUCAGGGAUGGUUCUUCACACCAUGCAUCAAUAAUCCUAAUCUAAGGGGAUUAGGGAACAUAUUGAGGAUGUUCAUAAAGAAAGUAAACUGUUCUGAUUGGGAGCAGAUAACAAUUCCUUCAACUGUGAGGUCAAUAGUGGUGAUAAAUCUGAACAAUUACGCGAGCGGAAGAAACCCAUGGGGGAAUUUGCAACCGGAAUACAUGGAGAAGAAAGGUUUUAUCGAACCUCAUGUGGAUGAUGGUCUAAUAGAAGUAUUUGGGUUGAAGCAAGGAUGGCAUGCAUCUUUAGUUAUGGUUAAACUUAUUUCGGCUAAACAUUUGGCUCAGGCUGCAGCUAUAAGGUUCGAAUUCAGAGGAGGGGAAUGGAAAAAGGCUUAUAUGCAGAUGGAUGGUGAGCCCUGGAAGCAGCCAUUGCAACAAGACUACUCCACCUUCAUUGAUAUCAAACUUGUGCAAUAUAAAUCUGUUAUGCUUAAUGCUGCUGCAAUAUCAUCCUAGUUGUUCCAUCAUUAAUUGUUGUUAUAUGCUUAAAGAUUUGUACUUGUGACAUUAAUUGUAUGUAUGUAAUGUAUCUUAAUUAUCCCAACUUUUGGGACCCCC